CAGAACAAGUUAACAAAACGGUCACAAACCAAAAAAAAAAAAAAAAGACAACCGACAAAAAAAAAAGACAGUUCAUUUGUUAUAGAGAAAGGGUUAAUCUUUUCGCACAUUCUUGUCCUAAUCUUCUUCUUAUUCUUCUUUCUUCCGAAUCUCUCUGACGAGCUUCGAUUCAGUUUCCCUGUUCUUUGGUGAUCACCGACCGGAUCUGCUCGAAGAAACAAUCUCGUCGCAUUCUCUCUCCACCCAACUCAAAAGUCUCCACCUUUUGAUCGCUUCUUACUUACUUUUGAGCUCCAAGGAUCAUCAUUGCAGAGCUUCCUCGUAACUUGGAGAGUUAGCUUCCAACUCUUCCAUCCAAAAUUGAGAUCUGGGUUCUUGCUUGUAAGCUCAUAGUGAGAGUGUAAUAAGUUCAGAUUAGUCUUUGAAUUAGAAUCUGUUCGAUGAAAUUCCACCUGUGAGGAAGUUAUAGUGCAUUAUAGAAAUGUGUAAAUCAGAGAAGUCUAUUUACCACAAGAAGCUCUGGGAGAUGAAGGUUAAGUUUCUAGGAGGUAGCAAGUUCAAGAACUCCCUUGUUUCAAGGUCUCGUAUGAGCCUUUGGAUGAUUCGUGCCAUGACCAUACUCUUGCUGUGGAGUUGUUUCGUUCAUCUGGUGGCUUUGGGUGAGAUGUGGGGACCAAGACUGUUGAAAGGCUGGCCUUCUUGUUUCAAUCACGGACAUGACUUCCCAAUGGCUGCUGCACAAGAUAUGGCUUCUCUUCCCAUGAAAAUAGCCCUCCCUCCUAAAAGGAUAUAUCAGAACAAUGGCUAUCUUAUGAUUUCUUGCAAUGGAGGACUCAACCAAAUGCGAGCUGCGAUAUGUGAUAUGGUGACUAUUGCAAGAUACAUGAAUGUCACACUUAUUGUCCCAGAGCUUGACAAGACCUCUUUUUGGAACGAUCCUAGUGAGUUCAAAGACAUAUUCGACGUGGAUCACUUCAUAACUUCUUUGAGAGAUGAGGUUCGUAUACUUAAAGAGGUUCCUCCAAGGCUUAAGAGAAGGGUCGAGCUCGGUGUGUACCACACCAUGCCUCCUAUCAGCUGGUCCAACAUGUCCUACUACCAAGACCAGAUUCUUCCCCUGGUGAAGAAGCAUAAGAUCUUACAUCUAAACAAGACCGAUACUCGACUUGUGAAUAACGAACUUCCUGUUGAGGUUCAGAAGCUGAGAUGCAGAGUAAACUUCAACGGGCUCAGGUUUACUCCAAAGAUUGAGGAAUUGGGUAGAAGAGUAGUCAAGAUUCUGAGGGAGAAAGGUCCCUUUCUGGUUCUGCAUCUCAGGUACGAAAUGGAUAUGUUGGCAUUCUCUGGUUGCUCUCACGGUUGCAACCGCUACGAAGAGGAAGAGCUCACAAGAAUGAGAUAUGCUUAUCCAUGGUGGAAGGAGAAAGUAAUAAACUCAGAGUUGAAGAGGAAAGAAGGUCUUUGCCCAUUGACUCCUGAAGAAACAGCUCUUACACUAUCUGCCUUGGGCAUUGACCGUAAUGUUCAGAUUUACAUAGCUGCUGGAGAGAUAUACGGUGGUAAAAGGAGGUUAAAGGCUUUAACAGAUGUCUUUCCCAAUGUGGUGAGGAAAGAAACUCUGCUUGAUUCGUCUGAUUUGAGUUUUUGUCAGAACCAUUCUUCUCAAAUGGCUGCUCUUGAUUACCUCAUCUCGUUAGAAAGUGAUAUAUUCGUUCCUACUUAUUAUGGGAACAUGGCUAAAGUUGUGGAAGGUCAUCGCAGGUUCUUGGGGUUCAAGAAAACGAUUGAGCUAAACAGGAAGUUCUUGGUUAAUCUAAUAGAUGAAUACUACCAAGGAAUGUUGAGCUGGGAAGUGUUUUCCACCACGGUGAAGAGCUUUCACGCUACAAGAAUGGGAGGUCCAAAGAAGCGGCUUGUGAUUCCUAAUAAACCAAAAGAAGAAGAUUACUUCUAUGCUAAUCCAUACGAAUGUCUUCAGCUGUUACAUGAGAAUGAAAAUGGCAAUUCACUAGAUGAAACCAAAUGAUCAGAGCCACCACCAUUGUCCUACAUUAAAUUUGGCAGGGUGAUGCAGCACAUGGAUGAGUCAUGAGUGAAUAAUGGAGUUAUCUACGGGGACUGUAUAUCAAUCUCAGUUAGGGUUCUUUGGUGUACAGGGACUUCUGAAGAGCUUCCUUGGAUGAGAAGAUAGGUUUGGAGCUUUCAUUGUAAAGUUUGCAAAUCUAUCCUUUGGCAUUGUCAUCAUAUCAUCCAUGGUCUUGCAGUUUCGGUAGCUGGAGAAUAAAACUUUAAAAAUGCAGUGUAUAAUUAUGUUACACAUUAUUAUAAUUACUAGAUAGCGCAGAUAAGAUAUUAUAGUGCGGAUAAGAUAUUAUAUGUAUUUCUCAAUUAAAAAAAAUAAUGUAUAAUAUUGUAUUAUAUUAUUUAAAG